AUGAACUUCAUUACAUCUGUCAUGGAGAUUUGUGAAGAGAUUUGUAAAGAAAUACAGAGAACAAAUCCAGGAAGCACAGCAAAGCUUAGUAGGUCAUCGGACAACUCCUUGAGACUUUUUGUUGCAUAUAAGGCUGCCAUUUAUGGUUUCAAGCAAGCAUGCCGACCACUUGUGAUGCUUGAUUGUAAGAAGAUGGAAGGAAAAUGCCAAGGUGUGUGGCUCUUUGCCAUGGCCAUUGAUGCAAAAGAUGAUGUGUUCCCAGUCUCAUAUGCAUUUGUUGAAUCAAAGAACCUAGGGAGUUGGACAUGGUUCUGUGUUGAGUUGGCUCAAGUCCUGGAAUGCAUACCUAAACUAACAUUUAAAUCAGAUAGACGGGAAGGGAUUCUUGAAGUUGAUAGUGGUAUCUUUCCAUAUGCAUCUCAUGGAUACUCUCAGAUGGAGCUGAUUGGAGAAGUGUGGGAGAAGUCCAACUGUCAGGAUCAGGAUUUGGAUCAACUUUUUAAGAAUGCAGUUUAUGCAGGGGGUCGUUCUCAAUUGGAUGCUUGCAUGCAUGAAAUUCAUGAUAAAUAUAAAGAAGCAUCGAGAGAGGUGUCUAUCACUGGAGUGUUGGUAAAGUUGCACGAUUAUAUGAUAGAGAUAUUUGAUAAAAGGUUUAAUGAAAGUUCAAACUGGAACACAACAUUCGUUCCUAGAGUUGAAGAAGCUAUUUCUGAUGGAGAGAAGUCAAAAUAUUAUUGUGUGUCAGGUGGUGCAGCAGAGUUUGAGGUUCGUUAUGCGAACAAAGCAAAUGCACAUCCAAAGAAGGUGGAUCUUGAACGGCGAACAUGCUCAUGCCUUGCAUGGAAAAAGUGUGGGUACCCUUGCGAACAUGCCAUUGCAGCUAUCGAAUACAGUGGAUGUGACUAUGUUGAUGUGCAUCACAGGGUUGACAAAUACAGGGAGACAUAUUCAGAGGUUAUUCAUCCAUUGCAUUUGGAUAACAAAAGCCAAAACAAAGGGAAGAAGAGAAAACAUGUAGAUUCUGAGGUGGUGUCUCUGACUGAUUGGUUGCAAUCAGGAUAG